AUCUUGUGGUUUUGUUCGGAAUCUAUCUCGAGCUGCAUUUCUCUCUAGAAGUGUGAUUCUGAUCAGAGCAGACAUUUGUCGGUGUUCACACACACCGUUAUUUGUAGACUGUCGCAGGACACAGAAACAAGAUGUUUAGAGGGAACAGAGCCUGUGUGUUCUCUGUCUGAAACUUUUCCUUGCUGCUCAGCUCUGCCUGCGUUUGUAUGUGCAUGUGCACAUGUAUGUGUAAAGAAGAAUAUUAAGACUUUUAGAGAAAGAGGGCGGGGAGGAAACAUCCUGAGAGAGAGAGAGAGAAAGAAAGAAAAGAAGAGGGAAUGGAGAGAGAGAGAGAGAGAAAUAAAAUGAGAGAGAAAGGAGGGAGGAUCGCUUUAUAGCUGCUAAGAUUGCAGACAGAAAUAGCACACAACCACCGUGAGCUGUACCCGACUCAGAACCAAGACAAAUUUUAUUCAUUUUCAUUAAUCAGUUCCUCAGAAAGAAGGAAAUGGCAUCUGGUCCUGUCUUCGUCUACAUCUUAGUGAUUGGAAAAUAUUUCACUCAUGGGAGUGGACAGGAUGUCCAGUGCUCCCUCGGACAUUUUCCCUGUGGGAACAUCACAAAGUGCUUGCCUCAGUUUCUCCACUGCAACGGCGUGGACGACUGUGGGAACCAGGCCGACGAGGACGACUGUGGAGACAACAAUGGAUGGUCUCUGCAAUUCGACAAAUAUUUUGGCAACCACAAUGAAAUGACCUCCUCAUAUUCCUUUGAGACAAAAACAUCUGAAUGCUUGCUUGGUUCUGUGCCUGGGCAUUGUUUUUGCGGAGGACUACAGCUUGACUGUGAUGAAGCCAAUUUACGAGCUGUUCCAUCAGUUUCUUCAAAUGUGACUAUAAUGUCACUCCAGUGGAACAUCUUAAGAAAGCUUCCUCCUGAUGGCUUCAGGAAGUACCACUAUCUUCAAAAGCUGUAUCUGCAACACAAUAAGAUUAGGUCUGUAUCCAUCUCUGCUUUCAAAGGACUGCACAGCCUUACUAAACUGUACCUCAGUCAUAACCGAAUAACCUUCCUGAAGCCAGGUGUUUUUGAAGACCUUCACAGACUAGAAUGGCUGAUAAUUGAAGAUAAUCACCUCAGUCGAAUUUCCCCACUAACAUUUUAUGGACUAAAUUCUCUUAUUCUCUUGGUGCUGAUGAAUAAUGUCCUGACACAUUUGCCAGAUAAACUUUGUCAGCACAUGCCAAAGCUACAUUGGCUGGACUUUGAAGGCAACCAUAUCCAUAAUUUAAGAAAUUUGACGUUUAGUUCCUGCAGUAAUUUAACUGUUUUGGUAAUGAGGAAAAACAAAAUUAAUCACUUAAGUGAAAAUAGUUUUGCACAUCUCCAGAAACUAGAUGAAUUGGAUUUAGGUUGUAAUAAGAUUGAAAAUCUUCCACCACGUAUAUUUAAGGAUCUGAAGGAGCUGUCACAAUUGAAUAUUUCCUACAACCCGAUCCAGGAAAUUCAAGCAGAUCAAUUUGAUUAUCUAGUCAAACUCAAGUCUCUCCUAGAAGGAAUUGAAAUUUCAAAUAUCCAACAAAGGAUGUUUAGACCUCUUAAUCUUUCUCACAUAUAUUUUAAGAAAUUCCAAUAUUGUGGAUAUGCACCACAUGUUCGAAGCUGUAAACCAAACACUGAUGGAAUCUCAUCCCUUGAGAAUCUUUUGGCAAGCAUCAUUCAGAGAGUGUUUGUCUGGGUUGUAUCUGUGGUUACUUGCUUUGGAAAUAUUUUUGUCAUUUGUAUGCGACCUUAUAUCAGAUCUGAGAACAAGCUGCAUGCCAUAUCAAUCAUUUCUCUGUGCUGUGCUGACUGCCUAAUGGGAAUCUAUUUAUUUGUGAUCGGAGCGUUUGAUCUCAAGUUUCGAGGAGAAUACAAUAAGCAUGCUCAGCUGUGGAGAGAAAGUAUUCACUGUCAGCUUACCGGAUCUCUGGCCAUUCUGUCCACAGAAGUAUCCGUUUUACUCUUAACAUUUCUGACAUUGGAAAAGUACAUCUGCAUUGUGUAUCCUUUUAGAUGUUUAGGACCUCGAAAAUGCAGAACAGUUACAGUUCUGAUUCUCAUUUGGAUGACUGGGUUCAUAGUGGCUCUCAUUCCACUAAGCAAUAAGGAUUUUUUCAAAAACUACUAUGGCACCAAUGGAGUAUGUUUCCCUCUCCAUUCAGAAGACACUGAAAAUAUUGGAGCCCAGAUUUAUUCAGUGACAAUUUUUCUUGGUAUUAACUUGGUGGCAUUUAUAAUUAUAGUUUUUUCCUAUGGAAGAAUGUUUUACAGUGUUCAUCAAAGCACUGUAACAGCAACUGAAUUACGGAAUCAAGUUAAAAAAGAGAUGAUUCUUGCCAAGCGUUUUUUCUUUAUUGUAUUUACUGAUGCAUUAUGCUGGAUACCCAUUUUUAUACUGAAAUUUCUUUCACUUCUUCAGAUAGAAAUACCAGAUACCAUAAAUUCUUGGGUUGUGAUUUUUAUUCUGCCUAUCAACAGUGCUUUGAACCCAAUUCUUUAUACUCUGACCACAAGACCAUUCAAAGAAAUGAUCCAUCAGUUUUGGGAUAACUACAGACAAAGAAGGUCUCUCAAGAGCAAAGGAAGUCAGAAAACAUACACUUCCUCAUUCUGGGUGGAAAUGUGGCCACUGCGGGAGAUACCACCUGAGUCAAAGAAGCCCGCUGCUUUCACAGACCCCUGUGAAAUGUCACUAAUUUCUCAAUCAACUCGACUCAAUUCCUUUUCAUAACCAACCCUGAAACCCACUUCUUCUCAGAGAAUACUGUAGAAUGCUUCAGGAGGCAUUUCCUAGUAUGAAACAAAUACCAAAAAGUUAAUAAUUUAUAAUAAUGUCUAAGACAAAUUAGUAUACAAGGACACAAGGAAAAAUAAAGAAGCUAAUGCUCAUACAAAGGGAGGUAAUUAUAUUGCAUAUAUAUUAGAUAUAUAUUUUGCACAGAAAAUUAAGAGAUAUAUACUCAGAGAGAUUAAUUCUUCUAAGAUACAUUUAUUCAGUACCCACAGUGCACAUUGCAUUGCAGUAAAUUGCCAGAAGUAGACAGUACAGAAUCUCUUCAAUCUGUAAAUUGUGUUUAACUACAAAGGGCACACAAAGCCCAUCAGCCGUUCCUAGUUUAGAGCUUCAUCUGUCAUGCAUAAGCAAACUUAAGAAUCAUAGACAUUUUUAAGUAAAGAUUUCAGUUUUGGAAUACUCAAUAUAACAGCAUCAAAGAAAAUGUUUAAUUGUUUCCAAAAUAUUAGUAUGUUUUUUUAAGGAUCCUUCUUGAUCGGGGGUAUAACUUGCUGGUAGUGCAUUUGCCCAGCAUGCACAAGGCCUUGUGUUUGAUCACCAGCACUAGGGGGAAAAAAAGAAUACUUAUUAUUUCUCAAGUCUUCAUAGACUCCAAUAAAACACCUUUAUUAUUUCAAAUAAAGGAUGCUUUGCUAUAAAUCCAAAAACAGCACCUCUCUGUCACUUCCUGCACACUUUGUGCUUUGGUUUAAAUGAAAGUCAUCACGUGGGAUUGGAAGAGGAAUGAGAAUGUUGCAAAGGAGUAAAGGCGGAAAGUUAGCAUUGAUAAACAGAUCAAUGGAACAGAAUUGGGAGUUCACAAAUAAACCCUCACUUAUUCAGUCAAUUGAUUUUCAAGAAGAGUGUCAAGAUUGUCACAUAAAGAACAGUCUUUUCAACAAAAGAUGGUGUACUGGCUGGAUAUUCACAUGCCAAAGAAUAAAGUUGGACCCAAACUUCACAAAAUAUAUAUAAAGCAAUUCAAAAUGAAUCAGAAACCUAAAUGUAAGAGCUAACGCCAUAAAAAUUCUUACAAGAAAACAUAGGGGUAAAUCUUGAAGACUUCGGAUUCAGCAAAGGAUCCUUAAAUAUACGACAACAAAAGCAUGAACAACAAAAGAAGAAAAUAAUUUGAAUUUCAUCCACUUUAAAAUUUGCUGUGCAUCAAAGGUUAUCAAAAGUGAAAAGACAACCUUCCAAGAUAAAAGAAAAUAUUGAGCAUUAUAUAUCUGAAAAGAGCUUAAUAUCCAGAAUACAUGAAAAAUUCUUACAACUUAUACAACAAUGAAAAUUUUUAA